AUGGCUUCCACGCUCAGAUUUGAUGUCUACGUGGCUCCUGGAAUACCUUUCCCUUCUCCUGAGGGUUUGCCACACUUCGUCACGCCAGUCUGGUCACCUAUGGCUAUUACCCUACUUUCUGGAAACAAAGAAGCCGUACUCGUGGAUGCACUUCUCACAACCGCUCAAGCGAAUGACCUAGCGGAUUGGGUUGAAUCUUCCACAGCAAACAAGGUGUUGACGACAAUUUAUAUAACUCACGGUCAUGGUGAUCAUUUCUUCGGUUUGAAACGGCUCCUGGAACGGUUUCCAAACGUGAAAGCUGUCGCAACAGCGAAAGUUAUCGAACAUAUGCGGUACGAGCUAGAACCCGUUAAUUUUCAACCUAUAUGGACCAGCCGAUUCGGUGAACGGAUCGACGUCGAUGGUGAUAUCCUUUCGCGAAUUGAGUCAUUGGGCGAUCACGACAAUACUAUCCUCCUUGAAGGCCAUAAGCUCAUUGCCGUCGAUGCGGGAGAAUCAGACACAUGGAAUACGACAUACCUACAUGUCCCAUCUCUCAACUUGGUCGUUGCGGGCGAUUGUGUGUAUAAUGAUGUGCACCAAUUCCUUGGUGAGACGAACACGCAACAGGGUCGGGGCUCGUGGAUCUCGAUCGUCAAGGCUAUUGCGCAUCUCAAGCCUUGCACCAUUAUUGCGGGGCAUAAACGACCCGGGGCAGUGGAUGGUUUCAAUAAUCUCGCGGCAACGAUCAAGUAUAUCGAGGACUUUGGAGACCUAGUCGAAAAGACUGCAUCAAGAGAACAGUUGUUCGAGGAAAUGAUGAAAGCGUACCCGAACCGGGUGAAUCCGUAUGCUCUGUGGUUAUCCUGCCAGGGGGCAUUCAAAAGUUGA